AUGAUUAAAAUUAUAGUACUAGUCUUGAUCAGUGGUUUGACUUUAGUUACGGGUUUACAAUCUACCAAGGCUUGUCCUUGCCAACCUGAAUCCUUGUGUCGACCCGUUAAUGUCGGUAACAGACCAGAAGUGAUUGGAUUUACGGUCUAUCAAAAUGCUUGGCUACAUUACAACUGGACUUAUCUAACCACAUUAGUAUUGGAUGAAGUGCAAUUAAAGAAUGUCGAUCCACAUUUGUUAUGCUAUGCUCAUGCUAGAAAUGUCCGAUUAUUAGCUCUGGUUCAAUUCCCAGAAGCUGCCAUUGAAAAUGAAACACUACAACAAUCUUGGACUGUGGAAACCAUACAAAUGGUUGCGGAUAAACAUUUAGAUGGAAUCAACAUCGAUACAGAAAAGUACUAUCCAAUCAAUUCCUUAAAGGCAAAGAAACAUGUCGACUUUAUCAAUCGAACCACAAUUGCAUUUCAUGCCAUCUUCCCUGGAUCACUGGUAACAUACGAUGCAGGCUAUAUCGACAAUUGCGAACAAAACUCAUGUUCUGACAGCAUUACGAUAGCAUCAGUCGUCGAUUUUAUCAUGACCAUGAAUUACGACGAAAAUGGUCGAAAAUAUGCAUACUCCAAUUCUCCGUAUUAUAAUACUGUUAAAGGUAUUAAAUCUUAUUUAAAUGCUGGCAUAAAUCCUCAAAAAUUGGUCGUAAUCCAACCUUGGUAUGGUUAUGACUACAAGUGUAUAAUUCCCCCUGGAGCAGAUUACUGUAUCAUUAAGGAAGACUCCGCACUUGCAUCGACCAAUAAUGCUACUAAACCAAAGAGGAGAAUAUCAAAAUUUCCUUUCAUUAUACCUAGUGAUGAUUGGAAAGUAGACCCAAAUCAAGCGUCCAUUACCUACGGAGCUAUUUGCAACCGUCUCCGUAACCAUAACAACACUCGAAAGUGGAACCCUGUUACAAAGACUCCAUAUUUCAAUUACAAGCGAAAUACUGGAGAAAUUCAUCAAGUGUGCUAUGAUGAUGCCGAGAGUAUGCGGCUAAAGAGCGAUUAUAUAUUUAGUAUGAAAAUACGCGGUAUAGGGGUUUGGACCGUUGACUUUACGGACUAUACCAAUUUUCCAAAAGAGUCUGCCGCUUUAUGGCAAAGCUUGACAUUUGGGUUGGAAAAAAUGCCCUAG